UUGAGAGGGAUUUCAUGGAAAGUGUCAACAGGGAAGCUAAAUCAAAGAUGGAAGAUUACGAAGUAAUAGAGCAGAUUGGGAGAGGUGCUUUUGGAGCAGCGUUACUUGUUCAUCACAAGAUAGAGAAAAAGAAGUAUGUGCUGAAGAAAAUUCGUCUAGCUAAAGAAACGGUGAAAUUUCAGCGAACUGCACAUCAAGAGAUGAAUUUGAUGGCAAAGCUGAAUAAUCCCCAUAUUGUACAAUACAAAGAUGCAUGGGUGGAAAAGGAUUCCUCUGUAUGUAUCGUCACAAGUUAUUGUGAAGGUGGAGACAUGACUAAGAUGGUCAAGAAAGCUGGGGGGACCUUCUUUCCUGAAGAGAAGCUCUGUAAGUGGAUGACUCAGCUCUUGAUAGCUCUGGACUAUCUUCACUCAAAUCGCAUACUUCACAGGGAUAUCAAGUGCUCAAAUAUUUUCCUCACACGAGGCCAUGAUAUCAGGCUGGGUGACUUUGGACUUGCAAAACUUCUAACCAAAGAUGGUCUUACUUCUUCAGUGGUUGGCACUCCAAACUACAUGUGCCCAGAGCUCCUUGCAGAUUUACCUUAUGGCUACAAAUCUGAUAUCUGGUCCCUAGGCUGCUGUAUGUUUGAGAUUGCUGCUCACCAACCACCAUUUAGAGCUUCUGAUAUGGCUGGACUUGUAAACAGAAUAACUAAGUCGACAGUAUCUCCAAUCCCAACAGUGUAUUCCACCACAUUGAAGCAAUUGAUCAGAAGCAUGCUUAGGAAAAAUCCUGAACACAGACCAACGGCAGCAGAGCUCUUGAGGCAUCCGCAUUUACAGCCAUACAUUGCUCAAUACCACAACUUAUCUCCAGUCUUCGUUCCAAUAAAGUCUACAAAGAAUUCAAAACACAAGGCACCGCAGGGUCAACUGUCUGGCAAGCCCAAGUUAGGAAAGGAUGGAAAAUCUGGAAAGGAGAAUCUGGUAAAACAGAUGCAAGGUGUUGAAGCAGUCAAUAGAAAUAUCAACCUGCUCCAAGGUAAUGUAGUCAGAGCUAAACUGCCUGCAUCCAAGAUCCCAAAAGCCAGCAGUGAAACAAUGCAGUUGCAGUAUGUUGGCUCUUUCAAGAAAAUACCUAAAACUGAUGGAAGUGAUAGAGCAGGCUACAAUUACAUAAGAAAAACAAAAGGUUUCAAUUCCAGAACCUCGUCAAGCAGCACUCUAACUGAUCAGCAUGAAGAUACAGAACAAUUAGCCCAUGCACCUCAAAAAAUUUAUGGAGAAUCUGAGGCUGGAGGUUUACAGGAACUGCACAGAAGAAUGGAAAAGCCACAUGUGUCUCUAUACAUUAAUUGGCUUCUUGAAGACGAAGAGCAAACAUCACCGGAAGCUACAGUGGCUCUAGAACAUAACCCAGGACCAUCCUCGAGAAAUUAUAGAGAGGAAUUCUCAAAAUCGUACUCUAUGAUUUCAGUUACAGAAAACACCUCAACUGGACUUUCAAGAGAUCAAGGAGGAGCUAAAGUAAAUGAUCAACAGUCCUCCAUGAGAGCAGAAAAUGUUCACAGUAGCAAUCUAAGUCAGGAAGUUGGUGAAACGUCAUCAAUCAGCAUGCAAAAUUUUCUACAUAUCAGCAAACUCAGAAUGAAAUUAGAUACAGCAAGCCAAGAAAGAGCAGAUGCCCUGGAAUCAUUACUUGAACUUUGUGCAAAGCUACUUAAGCGGGAAAGGAUUGAAGAACUUGCUGGGGUGUUGAAGCCAUUUGGGGAAGAAGCUGUAUCAUCAAGAGAAACAGCAAUUUGGUUGACAAAGGGACUCCUUAAUAUUCAAAAACAAGGGGCAUGAAGCUUGGUAUUUUCCUGUAAAUUAUCUUAGCUAUCUGAAAUAUAUCUAUUACAAGAAUGAGUUCUUAUAUGACUAACUAGGGUAUGUGCCACUGAAAACGAGAAAAUCACUUGACUUCAUUAAGGCUAGAAAACAAAAAUGAGAUAUACUCAGAAUAUGAAUGGUUUUAAAAUGACAAAAGGCAGAAUUGGAGAAGUUCAGAAGAUUAUUUGGAGUAAAAUUGGGCAUAGUCCUGACAUUGCUAAAAUCUAAACCAGCUAAUGAUCUACUACCAUAGCUAGUUCUCUUCAGCUGACUGUUUUAUUGCUUUUCUUGGCUAAAUCUUUGUUUACUUUGCCAGAAUGAUGAUUCUGCUUAGUUAUUUGAU